AUGUGGCUGUUGCUGCUGCUCGCCGGCCUCCUGGCUCUCUUCUGCAGCUUGGACGCGUGGUACUUUUUGCGGGCAGCCGUCGUGGUGGUCCGCGCCUGGCUGCAGCCUCCGAUGCGCGACGUGACGGGCGAACUGGUCAUGACGGGCCGGGUGGCCCCCCGCGACAUCGACAUGUGUCACAUGAACAACGCCCGCUACCUGCGCGAGUGUGACUUUGCCCGCUUCUCGCUGUACAUUCGGAACGGCAUGUUCAAGGCGCUGCGGGCCCUCAAGGCCUCCAUGGUGGUCGGGGCGACCACCAUCCGCUUCCGCAGGCCACUUUACAUCGGUGAAGCGUAUGAGCUUCGGAGUCGGGUAGUGACGUGGGACGACAAAGCCUUCUUCCUGGAGCAGAGGUUCGUGUCGAGCAAGGACGGACUGGUGUGCGCCAUCAUGUACUGUAAGCAGACUGUCCUCCGUAGCAGCCCGGACAGUAUCAUGCAGUAUCUCUGCAAGCGGAAGGUGGAAUGUCCCGAAUUCCCAGAGGACCUUCAGCACUGGAUCAGCUUCAUCUCAGCCAGCAGUCAGAGCCUAAGAGCAGAAAGCGGCCUCCCGGAGAAGGACAAAUAA